AAAUAAGGAAGUUGACGUGUUUUGAAAAGUACCAUGUAGAUGUGGCAUCGUAGAUGAGCAGCCUACACGACAUAAAAACACAAUCUCUACCUCUAUUUAAGUGUGCACACAGGUUGCAUGAAGAGAGAGGGAAAACACAGCUUCCAUUUUCAUUGAAGGCUCGUACGAGCUCUUAUGCCAUAAUGAAAGCAGCCAGAAGCAACAUGUUGGGUGCUGGAGCAUCCAACAACAAGGUCAAGUAUUCCCGGCUGGCUGCAGAUGAUGAAGGUUACAUAGAUUUACAGUUCAAGAAAAGCCCCCCAAAGGUCCCGUACAAGGCAAUCGCACUGGCAAUAUUCCUCUUUUUGAUUGGCUCCUUGCUAAUAAUCUUCGGGGCUCUCCUCCUGUCAGGAACCAUCGAGGUGGAGCAUCCAGACCGCACCAUCCCAGUCAUCAUCAUCGGACUGCUUGUUUUCCUCCCUGGGUUUUACCAUUUGAGAAUCGCUUACUUCGCUGCCAAAGGAUACCGUGGUUACUCCUACGAAGACAUCCCAGAUUUUGGUGACUGAGCCAAAUGUCAGCUGCUGAUUGUUGGAGAAUCCCCUCCUCUGUUUUGAGACUGUUGCUCUUUACUUUGAGCUUCUGAAUGUAUGUAGCAAAUAAAGCAAAACUCAAUCACU